AUGACUGAAAGUGUUCCCGAGGCUAGAUUCUAUACCGAUGUGGAUGCCUUACAAGAAUUGGGCAUCUCGGCUCAAGAUAUAAAGAAGCUUAAAGAUGGCGGAUUUGCUACCAUCAAGGCCGUGUUGACCGCUUCUCGAAAACAGCUCACAAGCCUUAAGGGUAUUAGUGAGAUUAAAGUGGAAAAGAUUAAGGAUUCUGCGUCCAAGUUAUCAGGACCUUUGUUUAAAACGGGCUCCGAUGUCCUAGUUGACCGAGAAAAAAUAAUCACCUUGUCGACCGGCAGUAAAGCAGUUGAUGCGAUGCUUGGUGGUGGGAUUCAAAGCCAAUCGAUUACCGAAGUGUACGGAGAAUUCCGUUGUGGGAAAACACAGAUAUGCCACACACUCUGCGUCACUGCACAGCUCCCACCGGAGAUGGGCGGUGGAGGAGGAAAAGCUGCCUACAUCGAUACCGAAGGGACCUUCCGCCCCGAACGAAUUCGGACAAUUGCCGAUAGAUUCGGCAUGGACCCUGAAGCGGUUUUGGAUAACAUAAUAGUCGGGCGAGCUGCUAACAGUGAACACCAAAUGGAGUUGAUUGUUCACCUCGCGGCCAAGUUCGCAGAAGAUGGCACAUUCCGAUUGCUGAUUGUUGACUCGAUCAUGGCUCUAUUCCGCGUGGAUUUUUCGGGAAGAGGAGAGCUUUCAGAGCGCCAACAAAAAUUGAAUCAGAUGCUGGCUCGAUUGACUCGUAUCUCAGAAGAAUUCAACUUAUGCAUCUUCUUGACCAACCAGGUUCAAGCUGAUCCCGGAGCCGCCAGCAUGUUUGCUGGUGCCGAUAAGAAGCCUGUCGGGGGGCAUGUAUUGGCUCAUGCGGCCUCGACGAGGAUUUCAUUGCGCAAGGGUCGGGGAGAUGAACGGGUAGCAAAGCUCUGCGAUAGCCCUGAUAUGCCCGAGGGAGAAGCCAGUUAUAAGAUAGCUACUGGCGGGAUUGAAGAUUGCUAA